UUGUAUUGUUUUGUGUUUUGGCUUCUUGCAUUUAACACUUCAGAUUACGGACAUGAGUCUGCAGAGGGUCAUGUUCAGGAACUCCGUUCCUCUGGACUCGCUGCUCAGCCUGUUCAGUGGAGUCGUCGAUCUGAUCAAACGUCUCAAAGCGUUCAUGUUGAUCCAAAUUUUCUUCCACUACACCUUGCACCCGAUGCGAAUACGGAUUUAGACAAUCAAUCGACAUAUCCUGCUAUCUACAUUUUCUUUUGUCCAAACGAUCUCCAGUACUAUGCGGAUCGCGGAAAGAAGGCCUUUGGCAAAUGGUUUGGAUUUUUGUCCUCAAAUAAACUACAGGAGUGGCUUGUCAUCACAAUAACGGAUAAAUCAAAGAAGAUAUCCGCAAAGAAUUCUGUGGCUUCUAAACUGAAGCAUGACUUCUCAAUCGACUUAUUUGAUCACUUGCAUGAACUUCCAAGUGACUAUGAAGCCUAUCCAGGUACUUUGCAGGAAUUGAAUGUCAAACUUCGUAAUUCUGUUAUUCGCGUUUUCAACACCACCCUCGACACAAUGGAUAAUCGAGCAGCGAAAUUGGAAGCGAAGAGACAAGAUAAGGAUUGGGACUUUAUGGAUUAUUUUCUUUGCAUGGAGGAGAUUGCCUCUCUCUACAGCUGCAUGAGUCUCUAUGAGGAAGCACUGGAGUGCAUGGAAAAGGCAGAAAACUGCCUGUCCGUUGCGUUGGCCAACGCCGCUGGGAAUGGAGUCAAUAGGUGGGUGCGCGACCUAUUGUCAAACAGUUGCGAAAAUCUAUUAGCUGAUCCAACCAUCAUCUCCACUUACGCCAGCCCCCAGAGAGUGGAAAGGGUGCGGCGACGCAAGGCCAACCUGUUUGAGUUGCAUGCCCAUAUCCUAACGCGUGAGUGUGCCCUGCUUCAGGCCCUUGAUCGCAUCACCGAGUUGCCGGCCUGCGCCGUUCGAAACAUCAGCCUCUGCACCAAAGUGGCUCGUGACCUCAAGGCGAGUCCAUUCUUCGCCCUCUCCCACCUCUCCCCUCUCUGCAUGAGGGGGCCUCCAGUUAGCGCUUUGAGCGCAGAUGAGGACUCUAAUUGCCCUUCAAAUAUGUCUGAGUUAAGUGUUUCUACUCUCAUUUCGGCGCGUUUCAAGGCCAUGGAAUCAUUAGACCUAUUGGAGGAUGUUUCUCUACACAAUGAGGGCACAUUUAACGUCCUUGCUAGAGCUGUUCUAGCAUCUGUAGCGGCCGACGAUCACGCUAGGUCGGGUCGCACUACCUUGCAAAGCCAGGCCCUCGUCGGUACGAGCCAGUGGACUGUUAACUUGUGGAGGCACGCUUGCGUCGCCUUGGGCCGCCUCGGUCGCUGUACCGAUCUUUGGCCCGAUCCAACGCGUCGUAUCCAGGGUGCACGGUCUGACUCUCCACAGAAUGCAAUGCUUCUCUCAAUAUUAGAUUCGCUGAACAAUUUCACUGGUCAUGGCUCCAGCAACGUGGGAUCUACACUCUGCGGCUUUGGGGGCUCACUUGGCGCUCAACUGUCCAUUGCUUUCAUCUCACCAGAGUCUUUUGAGGAGGUUUACCGCAAAUUUGCCGGUGUCUGUAUUUUCUUUCAAAGUUGUUCGGGGGCAAAACGCGGCUCAAUUUGCAUGUCCCUAGAACUGGCUGAUUUCUACAGCACAUAUGAGCUUUUGUCGAUCGAGCAUUUCUAUAAAGCUAUAAUUAAUGUAUUCAUGUUUUUGUGGCCAAGGACGGACAACUAUCCUGAAGUGGAGGCCUUAUCUGAUAUUUUCCACAGAUACGUGCAAACUGCUCUGAUUCUCGCCAUUACGCCAACCAAGAGUCUGCAUCAAUGCUAUGAUCUGCUAAAGCGACACGGCUCCUACUUUGACAAUCUCUUCGGCGGGUGUACAACAACCGCAAGGAGUUCAGAGGGUGAGGUGGUGAUCUUGCCGCCGUGGUGGCCGGAGGACUGGUGGACGCACGCAAUCGAGACGGUGGCGGAGCACUACGCGCGCAUCGCUCCUCCUCCGGCCCCCGCGGAAACGUUGACAUUGCGCCCAUCGCUAAUGCCUCUCACGGUGCGCUCCCUAUGGCCCCUCUUUCGCCUCCUCUCUAUCGAUCUCGAAGAAGCUAAUCCACACACUCAUCGUCAAGUCAUCCGCCUCCAUCUUCGCCUCUCGGGGGUUCGACCGAUGCUUCUACGAGUCUCUGUUGGGGCGCGGCCCACAAAAUCAGAGGAUUGGGUCGUGCCUCCGCUCUCACGUGAAGUCAGCAAGAGGAGCGGAGGCGACGUGAUCAAAUUCUUCAAUGUUGACUUAUCUUCCGAGAGCCUCCGUGUUGGCAUCAUCAGCUCCGCCUCCGAUGCCAGCUCUGUUCCCUCGACAGAAUAUGGUGGUGGAGGAGACUGUGACGGCUCUACUCCACCUCCUACUGGCAUUGCUGCUGCCGCUGCUUCUGGAGUAUUGAGCUCUAGUACCUCUAAGGAGUCUGUCAUGCAAAGACUGUUCCGUAGGACCAGCGCCAGAGGAAGACCUGGUCGAGUUUUGUUCAAACGAUCCAGUGACAACGCACGCAUCGCAAACGGUCAAGCAGCUGAUGUCAAGCCUUUGAGACGUCCCACGUCGAUUGACUUUCUUGGCUACCGAGGUCGACUGAGCACCUUUGAUAGAGCGAAUCCUUUACCCUGCGAUUCGAUUCUCGAUGGUCUAACACUUUCCUCCGAUUACGAUCGCUUCGCGUCUGGAGUGGCAGAAACUUCCGAAAAUGCGUCUACUAUGGAAGAUUCUGUCUUUUCUGACAGUAGACUCACUCGCCGCCACAAAAAGGGGUUUAGCCUCUCUGAUCUAUCAAGCUUCAUGCAGUCGGUCAAAAUGCCGAAAAACGAGACCUCCUCAAAAGGUCAUGUCGACGCGAACAGUACACCUCUUCCAGUGGUGACAACGAAGGCUGUUGUAAUUGAGACGAAUGAUAUCCUUUUCUAUCCUCGACAUCACGCCACGAAUCUGUUCCAUUGCCGGUCGCACGAAUCAGCUAAAGAACCGAUUGAAGACAAAAAUAAUAUUUUGACAUUUCAACCGGGUGAUAACUAUCUCAUUUUGGAGACAGCUCAUUAUGGCUUCCAUCUUCCCGGUGAGAUCUCAAUCGCUGUGUACAACGAUUUGCAAAGUGCUGCAAACAAUAGCCCCAUAUUCAUUUUCUCAAGCUCCAUCUGUCCUGAACAGCACGGUCCCACGUGGUCCAAUGAGGCGCUUUUGGAGCGUCUCCUUCCAAAGGUCGAACAGAUUGAAGUCCUUCGACUAUCCAAGGCAUAUUCCUUCCCUGAGCCGGUGGAAAAAAGUAAUUAUGUAUUCAAAUUCAUUGAAUUCGAGCUAAUUCACCUGUUUGUUUUCACCUCUGCAGCUUCAGCGCUGGUGAUGAGUGGGAUGAGCCAGCCAGUAUUUAUAACGGUUCGCGUUGGCGAUCUGUCGAUCGAACGAAAAGCGAUUGAUAGCAGCGUUGACAGCUCUACCCGUCUUCUUAUGCACCGCUAUUCUCCCGCGGAGGCGUCAGCGGAGACAACUUGGGGCCAGAACUACGUUGUAGAGCCAACAGAGGAAGGUGAAGUAAAGACGCCGCCAGCUUUGACUGACCUCGGUGAUCUUGUGAUCGCUCCAGGUGAACCACCUCCCUCCUCUCCCCUUCUCUACACUCCAGGCACCCGUCUCUGCCCUCGUUGCAGCUUUCUCUUUCGUCCAAAACCAAAUGAACGGAUUGCCUUUAUCCUGCCUUCAGGACGUCCCUACUCCAUUAAGCUAAUGCCAAUUGGAGUCUUGAUAUUCAAAGCCAGGGUCUUCCCCUCUGAAAGUAAACACUUCUUAGUGCAGUUGCAUGUGGAGAUGCGUGACACCACCUGGCCAGCGCUGGGCUCCAUUGAUGAAAAGGAGGGCUCACCUCAUUUGAAUCCUUUCUACUGCCAAGAACGUAUCGCUUUCAGAUUUUCCACUCCUGAAAUGGUGAUAAAACCUUUUACUGAUGCACUUUCGCAACCACCGCCGCAGUCACAGCCGCUUCCUUCAAUGCCACCAUCACUCUGGGGUUCUCUUAUGCAGGGACCACAGCGCUCCAUCAGUGUGGUUGAGUUCGCACUCCCUUCUGCCGGCACCAUCGCUGGCACUUCUGCUGUUCUACACCGUUCCUUGCUUAAUUCCCGAGAAGUUGGUAACUCUGUAUUUUUCCCUCCGAAAGCAUCGGAAGGUACUGCCGGUGGGAACGCCUCCAAUCCAUCUCGUACCACCGGUAGCAACGAACCCAGCUCCACGCAAGACUCCUCCAACUCCCAGCAUCCUAUCCAACUGGUGGAUUCGCCCGAUUUUGAAUGGGUUGUUUCAUUCGGUCGGCCUUUGACAGUCUCAUGGACUGUGCAAAUGGACUACUUCACUCGUCUACUGCGUCCCUUGCCGAAAUCUGACAAGAUUGGCGUUUUGGCCGACUUCACCUUCCUUGCCGGGACCAACUUUGAUGAGAAUCGGCCUCGUCUGCGCUAUUCAUGCAACCUUAUGGUAAGAAUAUGCGCAUAA